AUGUGCAGCUCCGGUCCCUUCCUCGAGCAAUUGUCCCAUCUGCCCACGCGAACAACAAUGGUCUUCACUCCCACUCUCCGCCGCGCCGCGGCCCAGGCCUCCACCUCCGCCUUUGCGCCCAAGUACACCAUCCCCCGUCGGGUUGCGGGCUUCACCAUUCCCGCCGCCGUCCAGGCCUUCGGCGUCUUCGCCGGCACCGCUGCCCUCUUCAUGUUCGGCGAGGUCCCCCGUGUGCGCCGCGACAUCCUGCAGCAGAUCCCCGGUCUGGACACCUACUACGACCGCCGCAUUGCCCCUGAGGACAACCCCUUCUAA